CAGAAUCAAGAAUUCUGUUCUACUGUGGAGACGGACCCCACUGGCUGCAAUAUUUCACAAGAGACACCAGCAGAUUGUCAGUCUUCCUGUUGAUAACAAUCAAUAUCAUAACCAUGAGCGAUCGAAAUCUGUUCUCGAACUUGCGAUCGCCUCUUGCGAAAAAUGACGAAUAUGGAGUAACAGAGUUGUUGCGAGAAGUGUCAAAACGAAAUUCAUCUUUGUCCGAUGAAGAACGAAAGGAGGUUAGUGAAAUGGUGAAGCGUGUAGAACAACAUAACGCCAAGCCAAGUCCCAUGGAUAAAAUGAAGAAAAAGUUUGCGGAACUCAGCGUAGUCAAUGAUAUGGGCAGCAAUAAUCGUACCACAAAAAACUCAACGGUGGGAGAGAGCGAUGAUAAUGGCGAUGAUCCCAGAGCCGACAAAUCUGUGAAAAAAUUCGCAAACGAUUUGUUUCAGAAAUUCUCCAACAUGGAUACAAUAAGUGCUGGACAGCCGAAGGAUCCUGUAUUCGAUGGAAACCGAGGGAAAGAAUUCUUUCGAAGUUUAUCCAUGAAGGGAAUUCAAAGUCCAUUAAAGAUGACUAACUCCGCGAGCACAGAGCAGCAAACACCAUCUAGAGCAGAAGGCGAUCGGCGUCCAGAAAUUUUAAAGGCCUUUGAACAAUCAUCGCAAUCUGGUAAAGAAUUGCUCCGAAAUUUGUCGAAGAAAAUACAAAGCCCGCUAUCGUCAGUGCCAAAUAAGGACCCACCACCAUCUGCUGCUGAGACUGCCGCAGCAGUGUCUGAAGCUUUUCGAGAUAUUCAAAAGAUCCAUUCUCCGAAUAUUGCAGAUUUACCCCAAAAGGAAGCAAUUGACAUUAGCAACGAAGACCAAAAAAAGAAUGCUACGAAUCUUAACAGUAUUCAGACUCCCACCAUCGUAGAUUUUCCCGAGGAGGAAUGACUGACUUUACUAAUGUAAAAAUGAGAAAUAAUAUGAUUGCAAUCUUGGCAGUACAACGUUAGCAAAAACGGCAACAACAAAGAAGGAAAGCUGAAACCGAGGGAAGGAACGGUGAUGAUUCAGAAUAUUUAUGGUAUAACUCCAGAUAGAUGAAGCUUUGUYGUCAAGGGAGAGGCGCAGGUACUUUGCUUGUCGACUUUCGGAAUCACCUCUCGGAAAAGUGACGAAAGUACAAAAAUUGUAUGAAUUUGAUCUAGUACGAAGUGUAGUACAGUGCACUAGGUAGAUAGUAAUUCAAUUGCAUAAGAAUCCUAAAGUCAGAACACACUGGCACAGGUUGAUGUCGACGAAAGAACGACUCAUCUCAUUCCUCCCAUGCCACCCUGCAUGCCACCUUGCAUACCCAUACCGCCCAUCAUUUGAGAAUUCAUUUGUUGCUGGCCUCCCAUUUGGUUCAUACCUCCUUGCAUGCCACCCAUUUGGUUCAUGCCUUGCAUACCAUUCAUUUGGUUCAUGCCUCCUUGCAUACCAUUCAUCUGAUUCAUGCCUCCUUGCAUGCCACCCAUUUGGUUCAUGCCUCCUUGCAUUCCACCCAUUUGGUUCAUUCCUCCUUGCAUGCCCAUACUACCCAUCAUCUGGGGGUUCAUUUGUUGUUGCUGUCCACCCAUUUGAUUCAUCAUACCCAUUUGGUUCAUGUUCGUAUUGUUCAUGCCUCCUUGCAUGCCGCCCAUUUGGUUUCCGUACAUCAUUCCACCCUGCAUUUGAGAAUUCAUACCACCAACCUGCAUUCCUUGAUUUUGCAUCCCUUGAUUGAAAUUUUGUUGAUGCUGCAUUUGAGGGUUGCCAUCACCAGCUUGGGUGCUCAUAGAAAAGUUCGAACCCCUUUGCGGCUGCGUGGGCACAGGUCCCAUCAUGGAGCUAAUCGCAUCACUACCUCCUGCAGAAACAGACACGACGCCUGGGGCUUUGCACAGAUUGUUUACAGCAUGUGGAUUUGUUAGACAUAUUCAACAAUUCAAUGCGAGAAGAAGAUGUGAUACUUUUUGGUUUCUUACCUUGCCCCUGCAUCAGAGCUUGACCUUGAACACCAUUCUGCAUAUCCCGUUGAUACUGGGCCGCGGCCGCUUCUACCGCAACAGGUGAAUUCAUUGACAUCUUCUUCGAAGCAUUUUUAGUUAAACUGUCAAGGUUAAUCAAACCCGCCAUUGGAUCGGAAGAUUUCGUCACAGGUUUAGACAAGGAAGGAGACAAUUUUGAAUCGGCGAAGUCGCCAAAAUCGUCAUCGUUUGAAGGUGACGCCGAAGGCUGCUGAACGCCUCCUGUCGGUGCACCGGUGUUCACGCUCAGGUUGUUGAAUGCAUUGCCCAUAGCUGCCAUGUUGUUAUUGUUGUUGUUCAUCAUGUUACUGUUCAUCAUAUUGUUGUUCAUCAUGUUAUUGUUCAUCGUGUUAUUGUUAACGCCAACUCCACUGUUGUUGUUUGCGAAUGCAUCGAAUUGUUGCACAGGUGCUGCUGCGAAUGGAUCGGGUCCUUGCUGUGCAUUCUUCGAUCGAAUUUGAUCGAACGCUGCGAAAUCGUCGGAUGCAUUUGUGGYAGCAGGUGCCGGUGCAGGAGCCGAUGGUGCUUGAAAUGCACCGAAGUCACUGCUCCCUCCCGUAUCCGCAGCAGGAGCCGGAGCGUCAUCAAAUCCAAGCAAAUCUCCGACUAUACAGUUUGUGACAUCGAUUUUUCGAUAAAAUCCAACGUGAGAU